AUGGUUGAGAAUCAAGCGAACACAGGGGAAACAAGCAGUAGCAAAGGAAGAUCCCUCAGUGCUGCCUCUGCUGCUGAUAAGUCAGCUUCAUCGACAGGAUCGGCGGCAGCAUCUGGCCAGCGUUCGGGAGAGCCCACCAUGUCGUUGGUGGUUGGAUUCUGGGCCAUGGAAAAGAAUGAAACCCAACACCCUCACCGAGCCGAGAUUGAAGCUGCCAUGCUGACCAACUUGGACAACCCCGUCUUUGAUCAAAUGGUGGUAAUCCUGGAUUCGGUAUCCCAGACAUCCAACUGCAGACACUUCCUGAAGCGCAUGAAAAAGCUGCGCAAGGAGUCCACAGUGACGACAUCUCGGUCGGUUGAAUUGACCUGUAUUCCUGUGGCGGGCUCGCAGCCAAAUUAUUUUGAGAUGUUCAACCACACACUGCAUCCUGCGAUCAAGGGUGAAAUCAUCGUUAUGAGCAACGCUGAUCAAGCCUUUGACGAGACCAUUGACUUGGCCAGGAAAAUGAAGGACAACCAGAUCUUGGUUACGUCUACUCUUGGAUACCACAGCCCAGUUCGAGGAAUGGUCGUACCCGACAAACUCCAAAUGCACUACAAUGCCCAUGUUCCUCCUUUGGGGGAGGUUGGUCAAAAAAUGACCAUGGGAAGGUGCUACGUGAACCGUUUCUUAAAGGACGAGUUUGAGAAAGACGGCACUUACAGCGAUUCAUGGGAUACAUUCAUUUAUCGAAAGGAAAUGAUCCGUUCUACACUGGCACCCCACCACUUCUUGCGAAUUUCCGUGCAGGAUGAAAACAUUCCAUUCAUGAUGAAUGAAAACGGUGCUGAACAUGCUGCUCUGGCGAGUUUGGUUCUCAACAUCAAACCCAGGCCACAAUUGUGGAAUGUGUGCAAGCAAAUCCACAGUUGGCACUACCAUUUGGCUCCCAAGACACAUCGAACAUCGGAACGAAUUUGGCCCUUCUUUGAAGAUGCUCUGAUUUACAAUGGAGACGCCGGCCAGAAGUACAUGAAGACCGGUCAACCAUUUGAGUAUGUUCCAAAACCUUGGAAGAAUGCCAAGAUGUGCCUGCAUAGAAACCCCUCCUGUCGAGCAAAAAUAUUUGACGAAACGGCAGCUGUGGAAGAGGCUGAGGCAAACAUCGACCCUCAACGUGAUUUGGCUUCUACUACCAACAAUGCGACAGUAAAGUGCCAAAGCUGA